AUGGAGACACCUAAUCGGAUCCCAGCAUCAGCACCCACAAAACCAUGGGCCAACAAUUCUGUUCUCUCAAGCAAUUUGGACUUUACUGUCACCCCUCCACUCCCAAAUGAUACAUUGGUCCUCAAUGGGUCUCUGCAGAACUGGACGGAGGUCUAUGACACUGGUUUCAUGCCAAGUGUUGCUGGAAUCCUCAUUCCUCUUAUAUAUAUAAUAGUUUGCGUGGUUGGUUUAGGGGGCAACACCUUGGUCAUCCACAUCGUCUUGCGCUACUCUCAGACCCAGUCUGUCACAAACAUCUACAUCCUGAACCUGGCCAUAGCUGACGAGCUUUUCAUGCUUGGCCUUCCCUUUCUGGCUGUCCAGAAUGCUCUCCUGUCCUGGCCAUUUGGGUCGCUGAUGUGCCGUCUGGUCAUGACUGUGGAUGCCAUCAACCAGUUCACCAGUAUCUUCUGCCUGACCGUAAUGAGUAUCGAUCGCUACUUGGCAGUGGUACAUCCGCUCCGGUUUUCCAGGUGGCGCCAACCUCGAGUGGCCAAGGCAGUCAAUGCCACAGUAUGGGCGGUUUCCUUUGUAGUCGUUCUUCCAGUUGUGAUUUUCGCUGAUGUUUUACAGGACGACGGGAACUGCAGCAUAGUAUGGCCUGAACCUGCAGAAGUCUGGAAAGCUGCAUUUAUUGUUUACACAGCAACAGUAGGAUUCUUUGGGCCUCUGUUAGUCAUCUGCAUGUGCUACCUGCUCAUCGUAAUCAAGGUCCGCAGCUCCGGACGCAGAGUCCGAGCAACGUCCAUCCGACGGCGAAAAUCUGAGCGGAAGAUCACGCGAAUGGUGGUGAUAGUGGUAGCUGUGUUCGUGUUUUGUUGGCUGCCGUUCUACAUAUUAAACAUCGUCAACCUGCUAGUGCUGCUUCCGGGAGAGUUCCGGGGCCUGUAUUACUUUGUAGUGGUCCUUUCGUAUGCCAACAGCUGUGCCAACCCAAUUCUGUAUGGAUUCCUCUCUGACAACUUCAAGAGAGGCUUCCGGAAAGCUUUGUGUCGUUCGACCAGGCGAGUGGAAAACCAAGAACUACAACAGGGUACUGUCGGAAACCACACUCUGCCCCUAGAGGAAAUAAAAAAAGACCUCGAGCUGACAGACUGCCUGAAAGAAUCCUGUCAACAAAUACAGCAAAACAGUGAUGAAGAAGAGGAGGACGUUCAUGAAGCAGAUAUGAGUUACACCGAAAAUGCCACCCAGAUGACAGAAAUCUGUAGAUCUGUAAAGAACAGCUGCAGAAAUAGUCACAAAGAGGGCACUAGGACCAUGGUCUCAAACUUGGUAGAUGCCAAGGAAGCAGGUCCAAGUAAUGGAAAUAGAAGUGGUGAAAAUGGGAACUAUAUUAGUCCAAAUUUUGGACAUGUGAUGAGUUUCAACGGAUCUCAGAGGGGAAGCAUCAAACCAGUGGCAGAGGAAUUAGGGGACGGUGUUCUGGAAAUCAGUUAUUUGUAAAACCUCUAUUAUUUCCAGCAGAAGUGAAUGCCAAUUGAUGCCAAAAU